AACUUCUAGAGGGAAAUGACCCCAAUGGUGUGUCCUUCAUGCACAAUGACAAUUACACCAGACAACUUUUACUGUGCAAAUAUGGAGAAGAAGUUGCACCAUGGUGGGUCUAUGUUUCAAACCAGUACCUUUCCUCAUAUUCAACCGUGGAUUCUGUCCCCAAAAACUUUUUUGCUAAUUCAUUACCCCAACACAGCGGUGAAAUUGCUCUUCUAGGAUCUCACACUGUAAAAUACUUUGUGCCUGCAUCUUGUGGCUUUUCUGCAUAAAUAUGUGCCUGCUAUGAACUAUACUUCUGGUUCAUAAGACUUGUGUUGCAGCUAUGGGAUCCUUUAAUCACUAUGUGAUUGUUAAGUUCAAGGAUGGUGUUGCAGUUGAAGAACUCAUUCUAGGGUUGGAGAAGAUGGUAUCUGGAAUUGAUCAAGUCAAAUCCUUUGAAUGGGGAAAGGACAUUGAAAGCCAUGAAAUGCUAAGACAAGGAUUCACUCAUGUUUUCUUGAUGGCAUUCAAUGGAAAAGAGGAGUUCAAUGCAUUUCAGACUCAUCCCAAUCAUGUUGAGUUCUCAGGAGUGUUUUCACCAGCUGUUGAGAAGAUUGUGGUGCUGGAUUUUCCAUCUAAGCUUGUCAAAGCACCAGCAUGAUCCUCAACUUAUUCAAUCAAUUAAACUUUCCAUCUUUAUAGUACUACAUGCAUGUGUGUUCUUCUGUUAUGCUUGUUCCUAGUAUUCCUGCAUCUUCUUCUGCAGUUUCAACUUCAUAAUAAGCUCUCUCUUUUUUUCCUGAUUAAUGAAAGUUCUAGCAGUUCCAUUGGUUAAUACUAUGAAAAUGUUUCAUGUGAAAAAUAAUGUUGAUGUAAUACUAUUAAUUCUCUCCAAUGUUUU